UGACAGUUGCUCUUCUAUUUAAUGGAGGGGCUCUGGCCAGGAAGAGUCAGAAGCGCCUCCAACACAGCAGGGGCAUGGCAGAGGAACUGGGGCUGGGCUCUGGGGAAGCAGCCAGAGGGGAAAUGCUGCGGGAGGACCGCAGGCUCGGGCCCCCGGCCAGGGCCAGGCCAGCCGCCAGGAGCUACAGCGCAUGCCUGACUCUCACCUGCUGCCUGCUGCCAUUCCCCAUCCUUGCAGGGCUCACCACCUACGUGAUGGUCAGCCAACUCCGGGCCCAGGGAGAAGACUGUGUACAGCUGCCGACAGCACAAGAAUGGAAGUCUGAAGCCCCAAGUCUGCCAGUUUACACACCUCCCAGAGCCAAGCCAAGGGCACACCUGACUGUUCUGAAACAAACUCCUACACCACACCCGCAAAAUCAGUUCCCGGCCCUUCAGUGGGAGCAUGAACUAGGCUUGGCCUUCACCAAGGACCAGAUGAACUACACCAACAAAUUCCUGGUGAUCCCAGAGUCAGGAGAAUACUUCAUUUACUCCCAGAUCACGUUCCGAGGGACCACAUCUGAGUGUGGAGACAUCAGCCAAAGGAGACGACCUAACAAACCAGACUCCAUCAUCGUGGUCAUCACCAAGGUAGCAGACAGCUACCCCGAGCCUGCCCAGCUCCUCACCGGGACCAAGUCUGUGUGCGAAAUAAGCAGCAACUGGUUCCAGCCCCUCUACCUCGGAGCCAUGUUCUCCUUGGAGAAAGGGGACAAGCUAAUGGUGAAUGUCAGUGACAUCUCCUUGGUGGAUUACACGAAGGAGGAUAAAACCUUCUUUGGAGCCUUCUUGGUAUAGGAACAGAGCAGCACAUAAGGCCCCUCUGCCUCCGACUUCCCAAUUUUCUUUGCUCAUAAGGAACUAUAGAUGAGGUUUUCUUAGGGUCAGAGUAAGGGACACAGGGUUUAGCCAUGUAAUUUAGGAACCCAAAAUUCACCCUCUAUGUACUUUAUGGAUUGGCAUAUUAAUUGGAAAAAAUCUUAAGAGCAUAAGUGAGUGAUCAUAGUUGCUAGAAAAGUGUCCGGGUUUAAAAACAUUGAACUGAUCCUCCAAUCGAAUCAUCUAUUCAGGUCAAAAUUUAAAGAAUAUUCUAUGCCCUGUUUCCUGCAUGCCUGUCAUGAGUAGCCUAGUUAUGGCUGAAUUUGAUUGCAAAUUUACUUCAGUUCAAAAGCUAAGGACAAAAUCCAAACAGAGUUCAAGAAAACACUGUAAUCCCUCUAGAAGCAAAAUCUGUUGUCUGCACUUUCACAGUUUCAUGCCUAGCUUUAUAAAAAUGUAAAGAAAAGAGAGCUGGUAUUUCUUAUGAAUAUUCCUAAAAACAGAAUUAGUUUUUGUGCCACCCAGCAGAGGGAAAAGGACUACCUUUCCUCUGAUUGAGCACACAAGUAUCCAGAUAAGCAAGUGUGAAUCCCGCUUGAACAUGGAACAUAGAACAACAGCACCUUUGCCUCUAUCAGAACAUGGUUCUUGGGUACCUGUUAUGUUCAAGACACCAUGAAGAACACAUCAGCAUCUACCCAAAACAAAUGAAUCUUCACUGGAUGCUUCCUGAUCAAUUUUCAAUCAAUACACGCCAAAGAAUAAUUUCAAGUCAGGCCAGUGAGAUGACUCAGCAGAUAAAGGCUGGAACCCACAUGGUGGAAAGAGAGAACUGACACCCAAAAGUUGUCUUCUGACCUCCACACCCUGCCAUGGCCUACACACAUAAAUAAAUAAGCAAACAAAUCAAUAAAUGUACAACACUUUUUGAAAGAAGAAUGACUUCAAGUCCUAAAAAAGAGAUCAUCUGAGUUAUCUCCGGCACUGUCCUGUGGAAGCUAGCCACACUUGAAGAUACUCAGUAAACUGGACUAAAUGCCCAAAAAUUGGAUUUGUGCCAAGAGUCAAUGGAUUUAUUCUCCAGGGAAGAAAAGAAAAAGUCAGUCCUCAUAUCUGGAGUUUGUCCAAGUCUGCGUUGAGGUUAGAUUUGCAAAUGUUAUGUGGGUAUUUUUGACUUAAAAUAUUCAAAGGGAUUUAAAUAGGAGAUUAACUAAUCAGCCUAGCCAAGGCCUCUUCCCUGAGGAGAUAGAUGCUGGGAUCCCCCUGCAUCUCCGUGGGUUCAUGUCUUUGGCGUGAAUUUCCUUCACUAACAAGGGUGGGAAGGGUAGCCAUGUUUGUUUAGCUGCUGUUGCUGGUCUGUAAAUCUGAAAUUCAUUUGUUUCCCAGUAUCUAAAAAAGCAUGUUAACUUCCUGUAUUCUAUGUAACCUGGGUACAUCUUGCAAUAUUAGAUUUGUUAGAUUAAGGAUGCUUCAACAGUGAUGCUUGGUUCCAUGAUCAAAACUAAUAUCCCACUAGGAAAAUAAAACUUAGGUGUGAAACAGCCAGAUAGCUCCAGCACCUGGUUUUUAUUGGAAAUUACUUACAUCAUGGCAGAGGUCAUAGAUGAGUCUGACAGCAAACUUGGUACCAAAUCACUCCUAAGUAGUUGCUGGAAAACCAAAGAGCUGUGAGAUGUAGCCCCUAAAUAGAGGCUGGCAGAGUGAUAGUAACUGAUAAUAUUUUUAAUAAUAAUUUGAUAGAAACUUCAUUUCUGGUGUCUCAGAAACCAGUCUGAAGGUUAAGAUCAUACGUGUACUGUCUAGUCUCUGUUGGGUUGACCUCCAUUGGCCUCUUUCUAGCCUUUAGCUUUUCAAAACAACACGGGUCUCAGUGAGAGCACAGGUAAUGGGGGUCUCCUCCACCUGGCUCCUCAUAGGGGAAGUCACGCCUGAAAGAUGCUGGGUAGUCUCCAGAUGACUGGGAAGAAAGGACAUCUCAGAAGGAGGAAUUAUACUUUACUUAAGGCAAAAAGGAAGAGUUUCUCCUUAAUUCCAAAAUGAACUUGGUAAAAGACUGCUUCCUCUACCAACUCCAAGAGCUGUAUUUAUUGGUAGAUCAAGGGUACUUUGUCAAUGACGCCAGUCUGGCUCCAUACAUAAUCAAAUGUGGCAUUUUAUUAGGAGAACAAGAUGUUCAGCCUGCAGCUGUCUCUACGGUGCAGGAGAGCAUCAAGAAACAGGCUUAUGGGAAAGGAUUUGUAAAACAGAGGCCAGAGUGACCCACUCUCAUCCUCCAUUAAACUCAAGCUUUGGGUCAAGGGCCUUCAAACCAGCCCAUGGGAGAUUUGGCAGGCUUGGAAGUUUAUGCAAGACAGGAGUUUCUGGCAUCCUAGAAACCUGAGGCUUUGGAAAGAUCCCUACCAUAUACUGAUUUUGCUUCUGUCAUAAGCUUGUUUAUUGAAGAAUGGAACUCAAGUUUUCACUGUUGAUUUUGUUAAAUUCUUAACAUUCCUAAUGGGACUCAAUUCAGAACUGUUUCCAAGGUUUUAUCUCAUAGCAAGCAUUAGUGCUGUUUGUUAAAGGAAGGUGGAAGAAUGCUUUUUAAGAAUAUGUGAUAGGGUCAGGCACGGUGGCACACAUCUAUAAUCCCAGCACUUAGGAGGCUGAUGCAGGAGGAUUGUCAUAAACUUGAGGCCAGACUGUGCUACAUAGUGAAUUUCAAGCAAGCCUGGACUACAUAGGAAGACCUUGUCAAAAAAUGUGGGAGGGGAAAGAAACACAUGAUGGUCUCUUAAAGGCAAGGGGAUAUAUUCAAGGAUUUGGGGGAGAAUGCACAUGCUUUUAGAAAAUAGUUUAUUUAGAGGGAAUGCUUUACUUGUUAAAUUUCUCAAAAGGCUGCUAAACCAAAAUCAAUUCCACAAACAUUUGCUUAACACUUAGUUGAGCUGGGGACACAGAGAUAAAUUAGUUUAGUCUCAGUUCCACUCAUUCUAACAGAUGGAUUCUAACAGAUUGGCAUCUCCACUGUCUGUAGAGCUUUUCAUUUAUUUUGUUUGUAUUCGCUAAUUAAUUAGCUAACUUUAGUCACACUGAUAUUUUCUUAUUACAAGAAUGAGUGCCAUUUGAUAAAGGAUGAUCAUUAACAAAAUGAUUUGUAUUUCCUCUUAAGUAUUUUUUAAUAGCUACUCAGGACAAGUUCCCAUAAAUAAAUGAGAGGGGAAAGUCAGGAUAUAAUUUCCUAUGGUUAGAAUCCAGUACUGAAGCAACACACAAACAAAGGCUAUUAUUUACUGCCCUCGAAUUUGGUCAACAACACUCUUGAAAAUAUUAGAACUUUAUGAGUGGCCUGGAGAUGUUUUGAAAAGUCUGUGUUUUCAACAAAACCAAAAGCCAUGAUUAGCGUGCAUUGGUCACUAGCAUUUUGAACUCAACUUUCCUUAGACCUCUUUCACAGAACACACUUGCUGGGUCAUGAUCUCUGAGGUGGUGGUGGUGGUGGUGGUGGUGUUGAUGAUGAUGAUGUUUUGCUAGUUUACAACAGGAAAAGUGAAACGUGCACUUUACUUCUUCGUCUCCUGGAACAAGUCAGGUUCAGCUCAACCACAGGGCAUACCAGAAUCCUCAUCCCCAUUUCAGUGUAAGCCACAUCACCACAAAGGAAAUUCUAAUUCUAUGCCUGUCAGUGACUCCUCUAGAUUAUAAAAUUCCACCAGCUCUCUAUACAGAGGACAUGGCCAUAGCCAGUAUUCUCUUGUAAGGAAUCUUCUCAAGUCUUUACUCAAUCAGGUUUUCAUGAUUGUGACAUUAGGGAUUAAUUUUUAGGACAAGUUUGUCUAUAUUCUGUACCUGGCAAAAUACAUACAGAUGUAUCUGGCCUCAAAAUACCCUGCAUUUUUAAGGCCAAGAAUCCUGGAAGUAUUUUGACAUUUUCAGUAAAAUUUUAUUUAAGUUUAUAUUAUUAUCCUGAAUAUUAACAGUAUUAUAUCUAUUGGCAACUAACCUUUGGAGAAUUAGGUGAAGUAAGACCUUCACCACUACAUCUAUGCCUUGCCACACUCCAACUAUCAUAUUUAAGGUUUCUCUUAACAUUCACCCCCAUCUCUUCUAUUCCCCCAUUUUAAGGAGAUUCACCAGUCCAAACUGAGGUCACUCAUCCAGACCCACACAAUUACUGGAAUAUCCAGAGCUUGGAUUCUGUUUUUCUGAAUCAUAAGCAUAGGCUCAUCCAAGUCCUCUGACCCUGGGAAAAUGGCAUUCAUUUGAUGCAACUAAAGUAGAAAUUGAAGAUAGGAGAUGUAUCUUCAAACACCUAUGGGGUAGCGUAGAAGAGCAAGGAGACUCUUUGCACCUGAUGGUCACAUCUCUGGUUUCAUACCUAAGUGAACUUUCUGCCUCCAAAUGUAUUUUUUUUCCUGGUAGUGAUGUCUCAUUCCCUGAAGAGGGUCAAGCAAAAGGCAAGUUGUUAAGGAGCCAUUACCUUGUGAAAGUCAAGGGAGGGAUUAAAUCAUGGAAUUUCUGAGAUCUUGUCCAAAUCUAUGACCCUGUGGCCACCCUUUGGUGAACUUCUAUUUGAUCAUGACAAACCUGGCAGGCCUGUCAAGAGUUCAGUGGGUAGUCCCUACCCUAGAAUUUCUGCCCCUUUCCCCUUCUCCAGACAGUGUCCAGUGAAAAGUUACUCUGAGGUCUUGGCCAGUAGAGAAAAUGCCAUGGAAUAUUAGAGCUGACAUGAUGCGCAGAGUUUACUAUCCCAAGUAAACUUUAGGUAACACUUUAAGAAUGAAGAAACCCAGACUCAGGGAGGCAGAAUAAGUGGCUCCAUGCCAGGCAGUAGCCAGUCGGCGUGUUGAGACUAGACUAGCAUUCCUAUCCCCUGACACCAAGCUCAGCAGCUUUUCAAGUUCAUCUGUGAAUCACUGUUUUUGAGCCUCUGUCACAUGACAGCAUUUACCCAGAUGCUGGAGGUCCAAGAGGAUCUGUGAGAGACAAGUCUUGCUCUUGUGGUGAGUGCACACAGGAGGAAGGAGACUCAGAAUGAUGUGUAAUUUGAGGAGUAAACUCACAUGAUUUUAUUCGUAAGGUCAUUAAAACAUAACACUUUCCCCUCUUUUGUCUCAGAGGGCAUAUAAACUGAACAAAUGUAGGUGUUUACCUGAUUUUAGUGAUAAGCCCCAUGUGCUUUCAUUGGUUUUAUGUUUUACGUUAAAACGUCAUACCACCAUGGUAAAAUGCAUAUUGUAUGUUGUUGGAUAUGUAAUUAACUGGUAUGCAUCCCAUGUAUGAAUUCUAAUCUUUGUAAAUGAAAAGUUAUAUGUUAUUAUAUUUAAUGGUUAUAAUUUAAUAAACUCAUAUU